GGAACGCACCAAUCAGCGUGAACAUUACCCCAGCUGCUCCUACACUCACUCCUAUCUUUAUCGCCGCCCCCCCCAGCCCUUUCUGUCGUCUUCUUUGCCUCCAUCUUCACUCACCAGUGAGUUACUGACUAAAUUAUUACAUGUCUGGCGCUAAGAAUAAAAAGGAGUUAGCAGACAGUGUGGUGCUGGAGACGGAUAAAUAACAAAUUCCAAUUUUAAGUGGUGUAACUAGAGCGGUCAUUCGUCCUACAAGUGUCAGAGGGUCUGUUAGGAUUGGGGUAGAGAAAUGAGUAAGACACUGUUUCUGCCGUCAAGAAAUGACCAGCCUGCCAUAGGAAAGCACACAGUUGCUUCCAAGAUCCGGUACUUACAAGAGUAUCAUAACCGGGUUCUCCACAAUAUUUAUCCUGUACCUUCAGGAACAGAUAUUGCAAACACCCUGAAAUACUUUUCUCAGACCUUGUUAAGCAUUUUGUCCCGCACAGGGAAGAAGGAGAACCAAGAGGCCUCCAAUUUGACAGUGCCCAUGACCAUGUGUCUUUUUCCUGUGCCAUUCCCACUCACCCCAUCUCUAAGACCGCAGGUCAGUUCCAUCAACCCUACUGUUACUCGCUCCCUCCUUUGCAGCGUCCUGCGAGAUGCUCCCUCUGAACGUGGCCUGCAAAGCCGUGAUGCUCACUUGUCAGACUACCCUUCUUUGGACUACCAAGGCCUCUACGUGACUUUGGUGACUCUCCUGGAUCUAGUCCCUUUACUCCAGCACGGCCAACACGAUCUUGGACAGUCGAUAUUUUAUACCACCACAUGUUUGCUACCCUUUCUCAAUGAUGAUAUUCUGAGCACUUUGCCCUACACGAUGAUAUCGACGUUAGCUGCCUUCCCUCCAUUUCUGCACAAGGAUAUUAUCGAAUAUCUUAGCACAUCUUUUCUACCAAUGGCUAUAUUGGGUUCCUCAAGGAGAGAAGGAGUUCCUGCCCAUGUCAACCUGUCUGCAUCGUCGAUGCUAAUGAUUGCAAUGCAGUACACCUCCAACCCAGUGUAUCAUUGUCAAUUAUUGGAAUGCCUCAUGAAAUAUAAGCAAGAAGUUUGGAAAGACCUUUUGUACGUGAUAGCGUAUGGGCCUUCCCAGGUGAAGCCUCCGGCUGUGCAAAUGCUGUUCCACUACUGGCCCAACCUAAAGCCUCCGGGGGCCAUCAGUGAAUAUCGGGGCCUGCAGUAUACAGCUUGGAACCCCAUCCAUUGCCAGCACGUCGAAUGCCACAAUGCAAUCAACAAGCCGGCCGUGAAGAUGUGCAUAGACCCUUCCCUGUCGGUGGCUCUGGGUGACAAGCCGCCCCCACUCUAUCUCUGUGAAGAAUGCAGCCAGAGGAUUGCCGGGGACCACAGUGAAUGGCUGAUCGAUGUUCUUCUGCCGCAAGCUGAGAUAUCGGCUAUCUGUCAGAAGAAGAACUGCAGCUCUCAUGUCAGGAGAGCCGUGGUCACCUGCUUCUCAGCAGGCUGCUGCGGCCGCCACGGAAACAGGCCCGUCCGAUACUGCAAAAGAUGCCACUCCAACCACCACAGCAGCGAGGUGGGGGCGGCCUCUGAGACCCACCUGUACCAGACCUCCCCGCCUCCCAUCAACACCCGGGAGUGCGGGGCGGAGGAGCUGGUCUGCGCCGUGGAGGCUGUCAUCAGCUUGUUGAAAGAAGCCGAGUUCCACGCGGAGCAGCGGGAGCACGAGCUGAACCGGCGCCGCCAGCUGGGCCUCUCCUGUCCCCACCACUCCCUGGAGAACGCUGACUUUGAUAACAAGGAUGAUGACAAGCACGACCAGCGGCUGCUCAGCCAAUUCGGAAUAUGGUUCUUAGUGAGCCUAUGCACGCCCAGCGAGAACACGCCCACGGAGAGCCUGGCCAGGCUGGUGGCCAUGGUGUUCCAGUGGUUCCACUCCACGGCAUACAUGAUGGAUGACGAAGUUGGCAGUUUGGUGGAGAAACUGAAGCCUCAGUUUGUCACUAAGUGGCUGAAGACAGUGUGUGAUGUCCGCUUUGAUGUCAUGGUCAUGUGCCUUCUUCCCAAACCAAUGGAAUUUGCCAGGGUCGGUGGGUACUGGGAUAAGUCCUGCAGCACAGUGACUCAGCUGAAGGAAGGCCUGAGCCGGAUUCUCUGCCUCAUCCCCUACAACGUGAUCAGCCAGUCGGUGUGGGAGUGUAUCAUGCCCGAGUGGCUGGAGGCUGUCAGGACAGAAGUUCCAGGCAGUCAGCUGAAAGAAUUCAGGGAAGUAUUAAGCAAAAUGUUUGACACCGAGCUCUGUCCCCUGCCUUUUUCAAUGGAAGAGAUGUUUGGCUUCAUCAGCUGUCGGUUCACAGGAUACCCGUCGUCAGUGCAAGAACAAGCGUUACUCUGGCUUCAUGUAUUGUCCGAGUUAGACAUCAUGGUUCCACUUCAACUGCUCAUAAGUAUGUUUUCUGAUGGAGUUAAUUCUGUCAAAGAACUGGCAAAUCAAAGAAAAUCAAGAGUCAGUGAACUGGCGGGGAACCUUGCUGCUCGAAGGGUGAGCGUGGCCUCUGACCCUGGCCGCCGAGCUCCGCACAACAUGCUGAGUCCCUUCCACAGCCCCUUCCAGAGUCCGUUCCGGAGUCCCGUGCGCAGUCCGUUCCGGAGUCCUUUCAAGAAUUUUGGACACCCAGGAGGACGGACUAUUGAUUUUGAUUGCGAAGAUGAUGAAAUGAACCUGAAUUGUUUCAUCCUCAUGUUUGAUCUUCUCCUGAAGCAGAUGGAGCUGCAAGAUGAUGGGCUCACCAUGGGUCUGGAGCACAGUCUAUCAAAGGACAUCAUCUCCAUCAUAAACAGCGUCUUCCAGGCCCCCUGGGGGGGCUCCCACACCUGCCACAAGGAGAGAGUGGCGGCCGAGUGUAGCCUGUGCCAGUCCAGCAUCCUCUGCUACCAGCUCGCCUGUGAGCUGCUGGAGAGACUGGCCCCCAAAGAAGAGAGCCGGCUGGUGGAGCCCACGGACAGCCUCGAGGACAGCCUCCUGUCUUCCAGACCAGAGUUUCUCACAGGCCCUGAAGGCGAGGAGGAUGAGAACCCGGCCAUCAGGCAAGGGGAGAGCCCAGGCAACUGUGCCGAGCUCACGGAGCCUGCGGCAACAAAGAACGACACAGGAAGGAAGUUCUGCUAUCAACAGCUUCCGGUGACUUUGAGACUAAUAUACACCAUUUUCCAGGAAAUGGCUAAGUUUGAAGAGCCAGACAUUCUCUUUAAUAUGCUGAAUUGCCUGAAGAUUCUCUGUCUACACGGAGAAUGUUUAUACAUCGCCAGGAAAGACCACCCUCAGUUUCUAGCAUACAUGCAGGAUCACAUGUUGAUCGCAAGCCUGUGGAGAGUCGUCAGAUCCGAGUUCUCCCAGUUGUCUUCGCUGGCAGUCCCUCUCCUUCUCCAUGCUUUGUCACUUCCUCAUGGUGCUGACAUCUUCUGGACAAUCAUAAAUGGCAACUUCAACAGCAAAGACUGGAAGAUGAGGUUUGAAGCAGUGGAAAAAGUGGCUGUAAUCUGUAGAUUUCUGGACAUCCACUCAGUGACCAAAAACCACCUGCUGAAGUACUCCCUGGCUCACGCCUUCUGCUGCUUCCUGACGGCUGUGGAGGAUGUCAACCCCGCGGUGGCGACAAGGGCCGGCCUCCUGCUGGACACCAUCAAGAGGCCCGCGUUGCAGGGUCUGUGUCUUUGUCUGGACUUCCAGUUUGAUACGGUGGUUAAGGACCGACCCACAAUACUGAGCAAGCUGUUACUCUUGCAUUUUCUGAAGCAAGAUAUUCCUGCUCUGAGCUGGGAGUUCUUUGUCAACAGAUUUGAGACUCUUUCUCUGGAAGCCCAGCUACAUUUGGACUGUAACAAAGAGUUUCCUUUCCCUACAACGAUCACUGCUGUCAGGACCAAUAUCGCCAACCUCAGUGACACGGCUCUGUGGAAGAUCAAGAGGGCACGCUUCGCAAGGAACCGGCAGAAGAGCGUGCGCUCGCUGAGAGACAGUGUGAAGGGGCCGGCCGAGUCCAAGAGGGCUCUUUCCCUCCCGGAGACCCUGACCUCCAAAAUCCCUGUGAGGUUGACCAGGCAUGAGCAGUCUGCUCCAGCUCUCGGUGGGACACCUGACCAGACGCCAGGACAACAGUCCCCCGAGAAUGACAACACCAUCAAGGACCUGCUCCCCGAAGACGCUGGCAUCGACCACCAGACGGUCCACCAGCUGAUCACAGUGCUCAUGAAGUUUAUGGCCAAGGACGAGAGCAGCGCGGAGUCUGACAUCAGCAGCGCCAAGGCCUUCAACACGGUCAAGAGGCACCUGUAUGUCUUACUUGGCUACGACCAACAGGAAGGCUGCUUCAUGAUCGCUCCUCAAAAAAUGCGCCUCUCAACAUGCUUUAACGCAUUUAUCGCAGGAAUUGCUCAAGUUAUGGACUAUAACAUUAACUUGGGAAAACAUCUCCUCCCCCUGGUGGUUCAGGUGCUCAAAUACUGCUCUUGUCCUCAACUGCGGCAUUAUUUCCAACAGCCACCCCGCUGCUCCCUCUGGUCCCUAAAACCGCACAUCCGGCAGAUGUGGUUGAAGGCUCUGCUUGUCAUCCUUUACAAGUAUCCGUACCGAGACUGUGAGAUCAGCAAGGUCCUGCUGCACCUGAUCCACAUCACAGUCAAUACUCUCAAUGCUCAGUACCAUAGCUGCAAGCCCCACGCCGCUGCCGCAGGGCCCUUGUACAGUGACAACAGUAACAUAAGCAGAUACAGCGAAAAGGAGAGAGAAGAAGAUAGUGUUUUUGAUGAAUCUGAUAUUCAUGACACACCUACUGGACCCUGCAGUAAAGAGUCUCAGACUUUGUUUGCAAGACUGAAAAGGAUAGGCGGCAGCAAAAUGGUGAAAUACCGGCCGGUUGAGAUGAGUGUUCAGAGAAGUGAAAUAGAGCUGGCUGAAUAUAGAGAAGCGGGUACAUUGCAAGACAGCAUUCUGCACUGUGUGAGAGAAGAAAGCGUUCAGAAAAAAAAGCUGCGCUCUUUAAAACAAAAAUCUCUUGAUAUAGGGAACGCAGACUCGCUCUUGUUUUCAUUAGACGAGCACCGUAGGAAGUCCUGCAUAGACCGCUGCUGUGACAUAGACAGAGCCGCCCAGGCUGCCUAUAUCCUGCCCAGACAGCCCGACCCAGGACAUCCCCGGCAGGACUCAGCUACGCGGCCUGACGGCUCUGAGGUCCCUGAGAACCCAGCCCUGGGAGGCUUUCCAGAAGCCCGGAGGCCUGUGAUUCCGGAAGUGAGGCUGAACUGUAUGGAGACGUUCGAGGUGGAAGUGGAUUCUCCCGUGAGACCCGUCCCCAAAGAGGAUUUGGAUCUGAUAGACUUGUCCUCAGACUCAACCUCAGGGCCCGAAAAACAAUCUGUGCUCUCCAUGUCGGACAGCGACUCUCUGCUGUUUGAGCCGCUUCCGCCUCUGCGCAUAGUGGAGAGUGAUGAAGAGGAGAACAUGGAGCAGGGGGACGAGGGUGCCCCUGGCCUGGACACCGUGUCCCCCCCGCCCCUCCCCAGCCACCCCUCAGUCCUCAGCCUGAGUACAAGUCCCCUGGUGCAAGUCAGUGUGGAGAAUUGUUCCAGGGACUUCUCUUCCAAAGACUCAGGGAACAGUCUGUCGGCGGGCGACCUGGAUGCCAUACUCAUCGGCCUGGAAGACCCCUCAGACUCUGAGGAGCUCUCCAAGUCUGAGGAGCCUCAGGACUUCUCCUCCGGCAGCCCCCUGACACUCAAACAGAAACGAGACCACCUCCAGAAGUCUUUUGCUCUCCCGGAGACAUCGCUGGAUGACAACCCCGAGCCCAGCACCGAGGAGAGGCUCGGUGGGCAGACGCCAAGUUCAGGGGCCAAAACCGUCCUCCUCAUGCUUCCUGAUGACACCGAGGCCCCCACGGGUGGGGAGAAGCCCGACAUCAGUGCCAACUUAGACAUGGAGCAGAAUUCCCAGAGGAAGGUGGGGGAGGAGGGAGCCGAGGAAUCGGAAUUUAAGAUCCAGAUUGUUCCCAGGCAGAGGAAGCAGAGAAAGAUCGCCGUGAGUGCCAUCCAGAGGGAGUACCUGGACAUCUUCAACAUCCCAGACAGACUGGCAGAGCAGGACCCAGAUCCUUCUACGAAAGGACUUUCAGCUUUGGAAAUGCCUCGAGAGUCCUCCUCUGCCCCGACGUUAGAAGCAGGCCUUCCUGAAGCAAGUGGCCACCCAGUAUCAACUCAGUAUAGGCAGAUGAAAAGGGGAUCCCUGGGAGCCCUGACAAUGAGCCAGUUAAUGAAGCGGCAGCUGGAGCACCAGUCUAGCGCUCCCCAUAGCAUCAGCAGCUGGGACACUGAACAGGUACAGCCUGGGAAACGGCAGUGUAACGUGCCGGUGUGCCUGAACCCUGACUUGGAGGGGCAGCCGCUGAGGACGAGAGGUGCCACCAAGUCCAGCUUGCUGUCCGCGCCCAGCAUAGUCAGCAUGUUUGUGCCGGUCCCCGAGGAGUUCACAGAUGAGCAGCCUGCGGUGAUGACAGACAAGUGCCACGACUGCGGGGCCGUCCUUGAGGAGUAUGACGAGGAGACGUUGGGGCUGGCCAUUGUGGUCCUGUCCACCUUCAUCCACUUGAGCCCAGACUUGGCGGCCCCGCUGCUACUGGACAUCAUGCAGUCGGUGGGCAGGUUGGCAUCCAGCACGACCUUUUCUAAUCAAGCAGAAAGCAUGAUGGUUCCUGGCAACGCGGCAGGGGUGGCCAAACAGUUCUUGCGCUGUAUCUUCCAUCAGCUGGCCCCCAACGGCAUCUUUCCACAGCUCUUCCAGAGCACCAUCAAAGAUGGGAGCUUUCUGCGGACCUUAGCCACGUCGCUGAUGGACUUCAAUGAGCUGAGCUCCGUUGCUGCUCUCAGUCAGCUUCUGGAGGGUCUAAAUAACAAAAAGAAUUUACCAGCAGGGGGCGCUAUGAUCCGCUGUUUGGAAAACAUUGCUACCUUCAUGGAAGCCUUGCCCAUGGACUCUCCUAGCAGCCUCUGGACCACAGUCAGCAACCAGUUUCAGACAUUUUUUGCCAAGCUGCCUUGUGUUUUGCCCCUGAAGUGUUCUUUAGACUCCAGUUUGAGAAUUAUGAUUUGCCUCUUGAAGAUCCCCUCUACCAAUGCCACAAGGAGUUUGCUGGAACCUUUUUCCAAACUGCUCAGCUUUGUGAUCCAGAACGCGGUCUUCACGCUAGCCCACCUGGUGGAGGUGUGCGGCUUGUGUUGCAGGGCCUUCACUAAGGAGCGGGACAAGUUCUACUUAUCUCGUAGUGUGGUUCUAGAACUCCUGCAGGCACUGAAGCUUAAAUCCCCUCUACCUGACACAAACCUCCUUCUGCUUGUCCAGUUUAUUUGUGCAGAUGCUGGGACCAAGCUAGCUGAGUCCACCAUCCUGAGCAAGCAAAUGAUCGCCUCUGUGCCCGGGUGCGGGACGGCGGCCAUGGAGUGCGUGCGGCAGUACAUCGGCGAAGUGCUGGACUUCAUGGCAGAUAUGCACACGCUAACCAAACUCAAGAGCCACAUGAAGGCGUGCUCCCAGCCCUUGCAUGAAGACACCUUUGGCGGGCACCUCAAGGUGGGGCUGGCCCAGAUCGCGGCCAUGGAGAUCUCCCGGGGCAACCACAGGGACAACAAGGCUGUGGCUCGCUACCUGCCCUGGCUCUACCACCCGCCUUCUGCCAUGCAGCAAGGGCCCAAGGAGUUCAUCGAGUGUGUCUCCCACAUCCGCUUGCUGUCCUGGCUACUGCUCGGCUCCCUGACCCACAAUGCAGUGUGCCCCAAUGCCUCCUCGCCCUGCCUGCCCAUCCCGCUGGACGCAGGCUCCCACAUCGCAGACCAUCUGAUUGUCAUCUUGAUUGGAUUUCCAGAGCAAUCAAAGACUUCUGUGCUGCACAUGUGCUCCCUGUUCCACGCAUUUAUCUUCGCUCAGCUCUGGACUGUAUACUGCGAGCAAAGUGCCGUUGCCACCAAUGUCCAGAGUCAGAAUGAAUUCAGCUUCACCGCCAUCCUGACCGCGCUGGAGUUCUGGAGCAGGGUGACACCCAGCAUCUUGCAGCUCAUGGCCCACAACAAAGUGAUGGUGGAGAUGGUGUGUCUGCAUGUCAUCAGUCUGAUGGAGGCUUUGCAGGAAUGCAACUCCACAAUAUUUGUCAAGCUGAUACCUAUGUGGCUGCCCAUGAUUCAGUCAAACAUCAAGCACCUCUCGGCCGGCCUCCAGCUUCGCCUGCAGGCCAUCCAGAGCCACGUCAACCACCACAGCCUAAGGACACUGCCCGCCUCGGCCCAGAGCAGCGCCAGCCUGGCCGCCCUGCGCAAGUGGCUGCAGUGUGCCCAGUUCAAGAUGGCCCAGGUGGAGAUCCAGUCCUCCGAGGCGGCCUCACAGUUCUACCCUCUGUGAGCUGGCUCCGCACGCGCGGCGGACACACUCGGAUUAGCAAUAAUGGGUCCAAGACAACGGGAUCCACGCACGUUGGGGACACACUGGUACUGUCCUUUCUCUUCCUAGUUCAGUAGAAGACCACAGAGGCCGGAGGGCCCAGACUAAACAAAACGAAACAAAAACGAAGCUUUCUUGCUACACGUAUUUCUGAUGACACCUUGGGCUAUCUGAUUAAGUGUUUCCUUACAUUAUUUUUUAAAAAACCAAAUCAUUUUUCUUUAACUAACUUCUAUUUUUUUUAAGAAAAAAAAUAGACUGGUGGGUACUCUCAGAAAAGUUGUAUAAGUCCCCCUGUUGCUAUUUUUGAUGAUAGAGAAUAAAUAGGGUUUUUGAAACCUUUGUAGUGUUUUUUCUUAAACUCCACUCUUGGCAAUGCAAUAAAAAAAAACCUGUCACCAGAAGCCAGUGACACUUGACUGAAGCUUUUUGUCAUUUCCCUGGGACAAGUGGCAGCUUUGCAAGGACCGUUACAAAGUGCACUUAGAACUUAGGUGGUCAAACUGUGCCAACUGUUUUCUUUGUUUAUAAAAAUCAUUUUCCAGAACUGUCCAGUAAGUUUUCUUAUUUUUAAAGGUCGUUUUUCCAAAUCAUUAGUUCUAGGCUGUACUUGUAAGCUUUCUGAUAACCACUUUAGUUUUGUGAAUAAUAAAUUUUAUCCUUUUGUUAACACUUGUAUACAACUCGAUUUAAACCUGUAGCUUGCAUACUGGACCAGAUGAAUCCCCACGCCGGCACAGAGGAGCUAUGUUUCCUAAAGGAGCCUCCAUAUCUGAGAGCAGCAAGACCUCUCAGCACUUAGACCCUUAGAGCACCUGACUGUGCUCACUAGCGAACUCUCUCCUCUCUCUCUCCCUGUGACGCACCGGCUGGAAAGGAGACUCGGUGCGCACCCAAGCUGUGUAUUGACAUGCCAUUAAAUACAGUUUUUAUUA